AUGGGUACCCAAUCUUUUCAAGAAUUAGGUGUUGCAAAAUGGCUUGCGGAGUCGCUAGAAGCCAUGCAAAUCCAUAAACCAACAUCGAUUCAAGCUGCGUGUAUACCGGAAAUACUAAAAGGUCGUGAUUGUAUUGGAGGGGCCAAGACUGGUUCUGGUAAGACUAUAGCUUUUGCUUCUCCCAUGUUGACAAAAUGGUCAGAAGACCCAUUGGGGAUAUUUGGGCUUGUUCUAACCCCUACAAGAGAAUUGGCACUACAGAUAGCAGAACAGUUUGUUGCUUUAGGUGCACAGAUGAAUAUAAAAGUAUGUGUAGUUGUUGGAGGUGAAGAUUUCGUUAAACAAGCUUUGGAGUUGCAAACGAAACCGCAUUUUGUUAUUGCUACACCAGGAAGACUAGCGGAUCAUAUUUUAAACAGUGGAGAAACAACUAUUGCUGGAUUGCGAAGGGUGCAGUAUUUAGUUUUAGACGAAGCUGACCGAUUAUUAAGCAAUAGUUUCGGAAGUGACUUGGAAAGGUGUUUUUCGGUGCUUCCUUCAAGUGACAAGAGACAAACUUUAUUGUUUACUGCCACUAUUACUGAUGCAGUUAAGGUGUUAAAGGAUAAGCCACGACCUGCUGACAAAUUACCCGUAUUUAUGCAUCAAGUGGAGUCUGUGGACAAGGUUGCUAUUCCAAGGACUCUUUCCACGCUAUACGUGUUUGUCCCAUCCUUUGUCAAAGAUGCAUACUUGAACUCGAUUUUGCUACUACCCAAAUACAAAGACGCAACGGCUAUUGUGUUUGUUAAUCGUACAAUGACAGCAGAAGUUCUAAGGAGGGCAUUGAGAAAACUAGAUUUUAGAGUUGCUUCAUUGCAUUCAGAAAUGCCUCAAUCUGAGAGGACAAACUCAUUACACAGAUUUAAAGCAGGAGCAGCGAGAAUCUUGAUAGCUACCGAUGUAGCGUCUAGAGGAUUGGAUAUACCAACAGUUGAAUUGGUGAUCAAUUUCGAUAUACCGUCUGAUCCAGAUGAUUUUAUCCACCGAGUCGGUAGAACUGCUAGAGCAGGCAGGAAAGGUGAUGCUAUUAGUAUAAUUGGAGAAAGAGAUAUUGAAAGAAUUCAGAGUAUCGAAGCGAGGAUCAAUAAGAAGAUGGAAUUAUUAGAGGAUGUUGAUGAUGACAAAGUGAUUAAGGAUUCUUUACAAAUUAUGACAACUGCGAAAAGAGAAGCUAUGAUGGAGAUGGAUAAGGAAGGAUUUGGAGAAAAGAAAAAGGUAAACAAAAGCAAGCGUGCCAAUAGUGAAGAAAACAGUUUAGAAUCUAGGAGGGAUAAAAAGAAAAAGAAGAAACAAAAGACCACAUGA